GCGACCUCCUACCUGCGACCAUCGUCCAUCACUCACCACCCCUCCUCCUCCUCCUCCUCCUCCUCCUCUCCUCCAACCCCCAACAUAUCUCGCCCAUCCCAGCAAGGCGCCCUGCUUCAAGCACCGAAACAAUGCUUGCGUCUGCCGCCUUGCGCCAUUAUGCCACCACCCACACAGUCCGCUCUCGCCUUCUUCCCCAUUAGCAGCCGUCUCUGCCACGCCUCGCCUACCUUCAAGUAUACGACGUCAUGUCGCUACCCGCCCUUCUCACACACUUGGGCUCCACUCUCAACACGCUCCUUCGCCCAGCAUGCCCACCCGCCCUCCUCGCCUCCCGACCACGCUGAAUUGUCCUGGCCUGCGCCCGUCCACCCCAAUACCACUCCCACCCCUUACCAGAUUCUCCAUUGCAGCCCCAACGAUGCCUACUCCAAACACCGCUUCUACUCUCUCGUGAAGCUGUACCACCCCGAUCGCUCCGUCUCCACUUCUCCCGUCGCCAGCCUACCCCAUGCUGUGCGCGUCGAGCGCUACCGCUUGCUUGUCGCUGCCCACGCCAUUCUCUCCGACGAUUCAAAGCGCAAGGCUUAUGAUGCUUACGGUCAUGGCUGGCAGGGUCAUCACCAAACACAUCCACAUAACCAGACGUAUGCAUGGCACCCAGACUACCGCGAAUGGCCACCCGGUCAUGAUCCCCACCAGAAUGCUACCUGGGAAGAUUGGGAAAGAUGGCAUCACCGCAACGAUCCGUCGCAUCAACCAUCACCUCGCGAUGCAUUCAUGACCAACUUCGCAUUUGUGAUCCUUGUAUUCUCCAUAGUAUCGCUCGGAGGCAUCAUGCAGGGCACCCGAGCUAGUAUGCUCACCUCGUCGGCAAUGGAGCACCACGACAAGAUCCACAAAGAAGCCAGCAUGGAGCUCGCCCGCUCCAAACGUGCGACCGUAUCCGGUGACCGUGACGAGCGCAUCCAGACGUUUCUCGCGCACAGGCAAGCUGUAAUCGGAGGCGAAGACGCCUACCAGCGCAUGUUGCCUGUCUCCGAACCCUGCAACCCCGAUACUGUCAGAAAACAGUGACACGAGAGUAACGACCAGGUUCAGAUUCCCGCGCUUUUCGCCUACCCAUAACCUAUAGUGAUAUCUCCCUAUUGCAUCGAGAGCUUUGAUAGUGACGAUUUCUCUACCUACGUGUCUCCGACGCAUGUGGUCGGCGUUCUUGCUCUGCGGUGUUGUAUUAUAGCACCGGGUAUGUACAUAUAGUUUCCUGCUUUGACCAUCGAAACCCUGUCCCUUUCUAUGCGCUUGGACGCAUACAUCUUCUUGACCGCAUUUGAUCGUCGUUGGCGAACGAAAUUGGAAUUCUUCCAACCUUCAUGCUCUACGCGACGCGACCGAGGGUGAGGUCGCUCCUUGUGGCAGAUCGCGGUUGCUCUUUGCGCAAAUCGAAAGGGUUCGCUUGCUUGAGCAGGGAAGAAGCGAUUCAUCUUCCCAUCAGGAAAAGCAUCUCCGACUUUUCCAAAUGCUGCAUCACCAACCCGUCUAUGCCUCGAAUGCAGGCACUGUAUGGCUGUCUCACCGUAGCAAUGGCCAGUGCCCGCGUGCAUACCCGCUGCAAACUCAUCACCCGGAUCUGCAACAGAAGCCGAAGGAAGUGUACAAAAGAUACCGUGCAUCAAUCCUGGACCUUCCCCUUCCUCUCAUGUUCGGGUCAUAACAGCUAAGUGAUAUAGCACGACUCGCGCAGGCUGGGAUGAAGGGGCGAGUGCAUUCGAUUCUCUCUUUUUGCAGAUCCCGACUUUUAACACAUGGCACUAUUGUUGUAUUGCUUGUCUCGACAUAUGCGAGCUGCUGACGAU